AACUAAAUAAAUUUUCCUUUCCCUUUCCAUUUCCAUUUCUGUCUCAACUUCUCAAUCAAAUCUUUUCUCUCCACAGAAACCCUUUUCUUUCAUCAACUCACUGUGUUACACUCCAAACUUUGCAUCUUUAUAAACACCAAACUCAUUCAUCAAAAAAACCUAUUCCUUUUCAUGGCUGAUAUUCAUUAUUCUGCAACCACCAACAAUAACACAUCUCUUAAGCUUUUUGGAUUCAAUAUUUCAGAGAGUAAUGACGAUAAUGAUCAACAAUCAAUAUCUAGAAAAUCAUCGGCUGCCGGCGCCGGUGAUCAUCAAGGUAGAAAAUAUGAAUGCCAAUACUGUUGCCGUGAAUUUGCUAACUCUCAAGCGUUAGGUGGCCACCAAAACGCUCAUAAGAAAGAAAGGCAGCUUUUAAAGAGAGCACAAAUACAAGCCACGCGCACCUUAGCAGCAGCUUCUUAUGUUCCUACUUCAAUGUUCUCCACCUUCACGCCUUUUCCGCCUCAUCUCCUCCCUAGAGCGGUGGUUCCAUUUACAGUGCAGCAACACCACCGCCAUCACCAAUCUAAUUCACUAGCUCCAUGGUUUUAUAUGUCUCGUGGAAGUCAAGAUGAGCUUAGUAUGGCUUCUCAUGAUGAGGAUUUAGGAGUUCAUGCAAGGACUUUGCCGCCUGCGGCGGCGUGGAGUGCCUUCGCCGGAGAGGAUUUGGACUUGCAUCUAAGUCUUUGAAUAUUUAUUUGUAUAGCACUAAUCAUUUUGGGGUUAAUAUAUUCAAAGCUUGUGCCUUAUGGGUAAAGUUUAUCCUUGUUCUGGUAAAUGUAUGAGGAUGGAUCCUACUAGGUCUUGGUGUCAUGUACAUUUUUAAUAUUGUUUUUAUAUAAAAUUUAAGAUCCGCAAGAAUAAAAUGAAACAAAACAAAUUUUUAUUA